ACUUCACAAAGAGGGAGAGAAACACAAUGUCCGGACAAGUGUGAUCAUGACUGAUGACGGGUUUGACCACAUCCCAGUGAGGGAUGGACCACAGUUCCAGAGGGCAGGGGGCAUGGAAAAUGAGCCCCCUGGCCAGAUCCAGGUGAAGCAGCGCCAGAUAGUUGCCCAGUUGAACCGGGAUGAGUUGGAAGAUCGGUACCUGCGGCUGUACGAAGAGAACAUCAUCCUAAAGAGACAUGGGCGCAAGCAGGAAGAUAAGAUUAAGCGGAUGGCAACUAAGCUUCUUCGACUUGUCAAUGACAAGAAGAAAGCUGACCAGCAAGGAGCUGCUCGUGGUGCUGCUAGGCCAGGUGGCCCUGCAAAGCGUGGAGGCAGAGACAUUGAAACAGAAGAAAUGCUUGAGGAGCUGCAUGGAAAAAUAAGGGACCUGGAAAAAGAGAAUAGAUUGCUUAAGGAAAAGGUGAUGGUAGCUAAACAGCAGUUGUCUUCCCAAGGCAAAAGGCAUACACCUUAUACAGGUGUACAGUCAAGAAUCAAUACUGGCAUCAAGAAAGUAGGCCAGAUGGUUGCUGUACAACAGAGACUGAAGCCAGGAAUGAGGGUACAGGGACCAGAGGAUGUCAGGGCAACCUCCCGGUCCACCCAGCCGAGCGUCCUGCCGCGGUACGGCCACAGCCUGCUGGAGGAGGCGCGGGAGGAGAUCCGCAGCCUGGAGGACCUGGUGUCCAACCUGCAGGACCAGAUCAGGGACCUGGAGGGGGAGACAGACAUGCUGAGGGAGCAGAUGAGACUGAAGGAUGCUGAACAUGAGGAGGAGCUGCUGAGGAUGAGGGAACAGAUGGCAGCUGGACAGAGGGGGAGCAUUCAGGAGAAUGUGGACAUGAUCAGGUUACAACGAGAGCUGAAAGAAAAGGCCACAAAGCUCACAGCCAUGCAGGCCAAGUACACCAACUUGGAGGAGAAUUUGAGAACAGUGAAGGGAAGCCAUGACCAGGUGCUGCGUGAGAUGGACGGGUUACGGGAACACCUGAAGGCUGAGCAGAACCGUGUCCUCAGGCUACAGAACGACCUGAAGCAGGGAGCUACAGCACACAGGACAAUCAUAGAGCUCCAAGAGAGAGUAGCAGACUUAGAAAAGGAGAAUGAUAUCAUUAAGGAGGCCAAUACACAGCUCCAGAUGAGUGCUUUUGAUGCUGAGAGGGAGAGGCAACACAGAGCUACAGAGACCAAACUGAGGGUGCAGAUAGCUCAGCUGGAGGCCACCCUCAAGUCUGACCUGCAUGAAAAGAAUGAUGUACUGGACAGGGUCACCUUAGAACGAAGUCAGAAUGAUAAGAUGCGAGAAGAGCAGAAGAACCUGCAGAUCCAGUACUACAGCACCAAACAGGAGCUGGAUGAACUCAAACAGAAGAUGCAGUUUUUCACAAAGGAAAGUGCUGUUGACUUUCAGGAGCUGGAAGAGGCAUUAGUUUUGAUUAAGACAAGAAAAGAGAGAGGAAGUCAGAACCUGGACUUUUUGGAGAAGGUGGAAGAGGAGAAAAGCAGAGACCUGCAACAGAGAAUGGUGCGGUUACAGGCUGAGCAUGCAGACACGGUUAAUGAGCUGGAGAAAACACGCAACAUGCUCAUCAUACAGCACAGGAUCAACAAGGACUACCAGACUGAGGUGGAGAGUGUGUCCAAGAGGAUGGAAGACCUGAGGAGGGAGUAUGAGACCAAACUAGAGGAGUAUGCCAAGCUGCUGGACAUCAGGGCUGCAAGGAUAAAGAAACUAGAGAGACAACUGAGGGAUGUUGCGUAUGGGACCAAGCAGUACAAGCUGAAGCCUACUGAAGAGGAGGAGGAGGAGGAAGUAGAGGAGAUAGAUGAGACAGUACAUCUGGAGAGGGGAGAGAACCUCUUCGAGAUCCAUAUUAUCAAAGUGGUGCUAUCACAGGAGGCCUUACACCACCUGGCAGAUGUUGAGCCAUCCCUGUUCUGUACAUACGAGUUUUAUGACUUUGAGCUGCAGACAACCCCUGUUGUCAGAGGUGCCAAACCAGAAUUCAAGUUUACUUCGAAGUAUAUCGUCAAAGUGGAUGACUUCUUCUUACACUAUCUGCAAAAGGAGUCUACGACUCUUGAGGUACACCAAGCUAUGGGUCUGGACUACACGACAUUAGCAGUCUGCCAACUCAAGUUUAGGGACUUGCUGGACAAGCCACAGGGGAGAAUAUUCAACACAACAUACCUGACUAGUCCUGAGGGGGUUAACUUUGGAACAGUGGAAUACUGGAUCCGACUGAGGGUACCUAUGGACCAGGCACUCAGACUAUUCAAGGAACGGACCAAGGCUCUUGGGUACAUAGCAGCCAAUGAGAGAGCUACCCAGCAGGCCUUGCAGGUUCUGGAUGAGUCCACUGCGCCUCGUGCCAAGGACAAUGUCAAUGACCUUCACAUCAGGGUGGUCAGAUGUUCUGACCUAACUGCAAGAAGAGAUGGAGUUCAGCCCAGCCCCUAUGUGGUGUACAAGUUCUUUGACUUCCCUGACCACGACACAGACAUCAUCAUGUCCAGUAGUUCACCACAGUUCAACGACCACAAGACGUACCCUGUACCCAUGGACAUGCAGCUGGACACUUACCUCAAGUCUGCUCAUCUGGAGCUGUAUGUAUUUGAUGACACAGACCCUGAGGAGACAGCCUACCUGGGCAGGGCCAACGUUCCUCUCAUCUCACUAGCACACGACAAGGCCAUCAAGGGGGUCUUUGAACUCAAAAGGACUGACAACAGUGUGAAUGGUACAGUGGAAGUCCACCUGAGAUGGCAGUAUGCCUACCUGCCACCACCCAUGGCCAGUAUGACACCUGAGCAGGCUGCCGCUGCCCCUGGCAUGGUCCCUGAGAAACCCCUGUUACUGCCAGGAGAGGAAGAGAAGCUGGCUGCUGCUGUGCCCCCUGCAGCCCUGCGCCCCAUCCCUCCCUCUGUCACACCUGCAUCCACACCUGGGCACAUCACCCCACCCACUGUACCUACCCCCAAGGUUCCAUCAGCAGCUUCUACCCCUCGUACAAUAUCACCAGAGCACCCUCCAUCUGUGGUUGUCUCACCUCCGGGCUCCAAACCCCCCUCCCGACCAACCAGUGCCAAAACUCCAUCACGUCCGUCCAGCGCUAAGACGGUGUCCAGACCGUCUAGUGCAAAAUCUAUCCCGGAGGCCAAACCUCCACCAUCCCCGAGAACAGAGGCUCCCAAACCUGUGCCAAGAGCAAGACAACCAGUGGUCCCUGAACCUAAACCUGAACCUGAACCUGAACCUGAGCCUGAACCUGAGCCUGUUGUUGAUGAUGCAGAGGAGAGCAGCUCUACUGUGUCUGUUACUCCUGAUUCAGCCCAGGGAGAAGAGGAGGAGUCUCUCUCUGAGGAAAUGAAACGAGAAGAACUUGACGAGACCACUAAACCAGAGUCAGAGAAAGAGGAACAGCUUGGGAAGACAGAGCCGAUUGAGGACACAAUGUUUGAGGAGAAGCCAAGUAGUGACAUAGAGGAGGACAUUGAUGAGCCCAGCUCUGAGGAAGACGAUGUGGUCAUGCCUGCAGCUCCUAAGAAGAAGGAAGAAGAAGAGAAGGUGGACACAGAUGUCAGUGAGAGUCUAGAGUCAGACUCUGAUGUGGUGAUGUCCAGACCAGCUGCCACCAGACAGACUAGUGCUUUAGCAGAUGAAACAGAUCCAGAUGACGAUGUGAUCUUUGGUGCAUCUUCAAGUUGGUCUACAGAUAAACAAGGCCUUACACAGAAGGAUGGAGAUGACACUGAUGAGAUGGAAUCUGACAGUGAUGUUGUCAUGUCUAUGACACAAUCACUUGGACAAAGCCUGGGGGCUAACAACAUGGUGACAGUCACCAUAUUUGAGUUCCAACUGAAUGGUGGUGCAGCAGUGUUGGAUGAUGGGAAUGUGCGCAUGCUGUUUGUGGAGUAUCGGUUCCUGGGUCGGCCGCCAGAGGAGACGGAGACGCCGUUCUCCCUGCCCAAACCCUCGCGGCCUAACCAACCCAUCAAGUACAACUUCAGGAGAGUGUUCCAUGUAGACGCUGAGAACAAUGAAUUGACCAGAGACUAUCUCAUCAGCAUGCUGCUACCUGGGGACCCCUCUCAGGGAAGGAUCAAGUUCACAGUAGUGAAUGAACCUGAGGAUGAGGAGGGGGAGUGUGCUGACAUCGGACAUGCCUAUGUGGACCUCAAACAGAUCCUGGAGAAGGGAGCAGAUGUGGUGGAACAGGACAUAGAUGUUGUUGAUGUUAAUGAUGAGAAAGAGGUGAUCGGUGCCCUGAACAUAAGUGUGGAGGCACUGGCAGCUCUGAGGGCAGUACAGAGGGAACUACCAGCUCUGGAGGAGUCCUGAUCACAGUAACCCUGUACAACUGCAACAUUCCUCAUGUCUGUCUGCAUUGAAAAGGGAUCAUUCAUACAUUUCCAUCACACUUGUAGACAAGUAAUGUAAAAGCUGAAAAUAUGCUUAUAAUUGUCAUCCUAUUGUCAUACAUGCAUGUACUAGUAUGUAUGCAUGUCAUCCUUUGUUAAUUGAAAAUCUUGACUUGAUUAGAUGGCAGAAUCUGUAGAAGGAAGGCAGAGAUAAAAUCUGUUAACCUUCAGACUUUAGUCUAGACUUCUCUCCAUAUAGUUUUUUCAUGCACGCGUCUUAACUAUUUUUUAAAUGUAUGUGAUAUACAGCAUUUUAAAUUGUUAAUAAUUUUCUGAGGUAUAUCGUACAGUAUAAAAGAGUAAUACAGUGCUAAUCUGAUCCUCGAUCAGUCACAAUUGUCUUUGCAUGGAAAAUACAUUGCCCUGUGGUUUCUUGGCUAUGGGGGGAUAUACUUCUGAACAUAUAUCCGUACCACUAAAGUUCCUAAGAAUGAGUUUAGGAUCUCCAGCAAAUGUAUCUCUAAGUUGAAAAGUGUGAAGCUUUGAUUUUGUCAUCAACAAUAUUUCAUGCAUUUGUCUUUCUUGUACUUAAUAAGAUAUGAAGAAGGUGUAAGAAAGUUACAGUAAAUUAUACUUCUAUGUAGUCCUUGUCUAUUUGUACUUACUACACAGUUGACAUUUUAGAUCAUAUUAAUCACAGAACAUAAAAUAGAUAUGAAUCUAGUUAAGUUUUAGACUGUUUGUUGCAUUUUAGCUCUUAAAAGAAAGAUAGUGAAAGUUUUAGACUAAGUGUAGCCAUGCUUAAUGAAACGUAGGUUGCAUGGAGUAAAGGAAUGGUUGCAGUACAAAUGUCAUGAUUGUACUCAGCAUUCUAAUAUCGAAAUAGUCUUUAGAUCUGUUGUACAAGAAGUUUAAAGUUUUCCCCACAAUAGUUUUAGUAGACAAAGACUGCAUAUGUUGCUUCAUAUAGAUUGUACAUAAGAUUAAUGCUGCCAGUGUAUUGGCAAUGCCAGCGUGAAUACAACAAUAUAGUCAUGUAAGCUAUAUUCUUGAUUAAAGAGUUGUUACAAAAA